AUGGACGAGAUAGGCAUUGAAAUUCAAAAGGAGGAACCCGCCUUUGAGUCUGUAGUAAAUGAGAAGACCACUCUGUUCGAAGAUCUUCAUGAAGAGGACUACUAUGUCAAGUGGAAGAAGCUCAAGCGUCAUCUAGAGAUGUUGGAUUUGCAGGAGUCCUACAUUAAGGACGAGCAGGCUAAUCUGAAGCGUGAACUAAUCCGUGCGCAGGAGGAAGUCAAACGUAUUCAGUCCGUACCGCUUGUCAUUGGACAAUUCCUCGAGCCCAUAGACCAACAAACGGGUAUUGUCGGGAGCACCACCGGUAGCAAUUACGUAUCCAGGAUCCUAUCCACUCUGGACCGUGAACUGUUAAAACCUUCCUCCUCCGUCGCCCUUCAUCGUCAUUCGAAUGCCCUCGUUGAUAUUCUGCCACCUGAAGCAGACUCUAGCAUUGCGCUAUUGGGUACUGAUGAGAAGCCUGACGUCUCAUACCAAGAUAUGGGGGGUCUGGACUCUCAGAAACAAGAAAUACGCGAGGCAGUGGAGCUUCCCCUCACACAUUUCGACUUGUACAAGAAGAUCGGUAUUGACCCACCUCGCGGUGUGCUGUUGUAUGGGCCACCAGGAACUGGGAAAACCAUGCUUGUCAAAGCAGUCGCUCGUCAUACGAGCGCCGCUUUCAUUAGAGUGGUUGGCAGUGAAUUUGUACAAAAAUACCUUGGUGAGGGUCCUCGGAUGGUCAGAGACGUUUUCCGGCUCGCACGUGAAAAUUCCCCCGCUAUCAUUUUCAUUGACGAGAUCGACGCUAUUGCCACCAAGCGAUUUGAUGCUCAGACUGGUGCGGACCGCGAAGUCCAACGUAUCCUCCUGGAGCUCCUUAAUCAAAUGGACGGUUUCGACCAAGGGAGCAAUGUGAAGGUCAUCAUGGCAACAAAUCGCGCUGACACCCUUGAUCCUGCACUUCUUCGUCCCGGGCGGCUAGAUCGUAAAAUAGAGUUCCCCCUCCCUUCACGACGUGAGAAGCGUCUUAUCUUCCAAACCAUCACUUCAAAAAUGAACCUUGGUCCUGAUGUUGAUCUCGAAGAUUAUGUCUCAAGACCUGACAAACUUUCCUCUGCCGAAAUUGCAUCAAUUUGUCAGGCAGCUGGGCUGCAAGCUGUACGGAAGAACAGAUACAUAGUGUUGCCGAUAGACUUUGAGGAGGCUUGGAAGCAAACCGUCAAGCGGCAAGACGAUACUCACGAAUUCUGUACGCGCUUUCCCUUACCCCGGACAACAUGCUCUGACUAG